AGACGCUCCCUGACGAGACAGGCCUUGGCCGCCGCCGUCCUUUGUAGACGCUCCCCGGCGAGCCCAGAGCCGAGCCCGCCGCCUCCCGCCCCCACGCGGGGCUGCCGGGGCCCUGCCGGGCGGCAUGGCAAGAUGGCCGCAGCCAGCCCUGGGACCUAUUUGUCCCUGAACUGCCCAGCUAGGCGGCCCUGCCAGCCCUCCCUCCAUCUAGUCAGAGUCCAGUCCUGGGAGCCAUGGCACCCAGCAGAGAACGCCAGGUCCCAGUGAUCCAGAUGAUCCGGGGGCUGCCCCUGGCCUCCUCUCUUCUGCUGCUGCUGCUCUGCUGUCUGUGGGUGUUGGGGGCUGGCCCAAGUUUGGCCCUGGACCUGGACCUGCUGCUUGGACAUUGGCAGGUGUACCGGCUGCUGACCUUCCCCUUGGGCCACAAGGCCCUCCCCGCCCUGUUGCUGAGCCUGCUUCUCUUCCCCACCCUGGGCUGGUAUCAAGAGAGUCACCUGGGCACUGUGCGCUAUGUCCAUGCCUCGGCCCUGGGGGCCCUGGCCACUGGGCUGCUCUACCUGCUUCUGGCCAGCCUUGGGGUGCCCGGGGCAGGGAGCAGGGCCUGCGGUUACACGCCCAUCCACCUGGCUCUGCUGUCGGCUCAGCACCGCAGCCGGCCCAGGCUGCCAGGGGGAGUGUUGCCGCCCCUGCUGCUGCUGGCGCUGAUGCACCUUGUGAGCUCCGAGCCCCCCUUUCUUCUCCAGCUGUGCGGCCUCCUCACCGGCCUGGCCCACUCUGCCGGGGUCUUCCGCCCACUGGAGCUCUCUGAGCGCAGGCUCCAAGCCCUGCAGAAGGCUGGUGUUUGCAGGGCACUGGAGGGCAGCUCUCUGUUGUGCUUCAUCCCAGCCCCAGGCAGCCCAUUGGAGCUGCCAGUCAUCCGCCCUGCUGGGCUAAGACAUAGUGAUCCUGGCGCUCUUGGGCAUUUAGUGCCAGGACUCUGGUCCUCCGCCCCUGCCCCAGGCCUCCUCUCUCCUGGCCUGGGCGCUGGGCCCUCCUUGUUUGAUGCCGCCAUCUUUGAAGGGGCCCCGUCGUGGGAUGCCCCCAGCCUCCCUCUGGAGACCCCCCUCUGGAGCCAGGGAGAGCGUGCGAAUGAGGAGCUGCUGCAGGCCGCCAUCCGCGCUUCCCUUCAGGACGAGCCCUUGAGGCCUGCGCAGGAGGAGCUGAGAUUGUCCAAGUCCUCGGUCUCCUCCCUAAGGCUGCAACAGCUGGAGCGCAUGGGAUUCUCCAUGGAGCAGGCGGUGGUAGCGCUCGCAGCCACAGGGCGCGUGGAAGGGGCCGUCUCCCUUCUGGUUGAAGGGCAGGUGGGCGAUGCAGCCCAGGUGACCGCAGUGGGCAGAAGUGAGCCUCCCAGGGAGGGCCCCCUUCCACCUGCCCAGAAAUAGGAGCCAACUGGGCCUUAAGGAGAGCCCCUGUGACCUCCGGAGUGAGAACGGGGCAGCGCUCAUGUGGGGGGGCCAUCCGCCGCAGCUCCCAGCAACACUCACGCACAGACAUCCCCCGACUGAAUAAAUCCAUUUCAUCUUUAAA